AUGGCUAUACCCGAUACACUGACACCGCCACUGGCCGUCAUCAACCAGGAUGACCAAAGAGGCGUCCUGUGGACUGUCGGAGUGAUAUGUUUUGCCUUCAUCUACCUCACAUUUGCCGUCCGGCUCUUUGUGCGAUGGAGGAGAUUCCAGAUCGACGACUAUGCCAUCCUGGUGGCAUGCGUGCUCAUUCUGGCGGAAGUGGCCGUGUCCUUCGCAGCCGUGGCGAUGGGGUUGGGAACCACGGCCUCGACACUACAAAGUGCAGACCGCAUACGGACUCUUUGGCAGCUAUUCAUGGCCAGCGAAGCAUUCUACGUGCUAGCCACCUGGACCGCAAAGGCCGCCGUGCUUUUGACAGUUCGGGGGCUAUUAUCCAGAGAUGCGAGAAUGCGGAUUGUCUUUCACUUGACACUCGCUGUCGUGGCCGCGCUCGGUCUGGCUUCGCUUCUUGCGGUCAUAGUACAGUGCGGCAGCGGUAGUCUCAUGCCGAAUGUAGACGGGCAUUGUCAUCAGCAACCUCGCUGGAUAGCUGUAGCGAUUGCAGACACUGUCACAGAGAUCUGGGGCUUCUCGCUUUUCUGUAAGAUUGUCUGGUCCCUCCAGAUGAAGUGGAAUUACAAAUGGACUUCAGCGGCCAUUCUUGGCCUUCGGCUCUUCUGCAUCGCAUUCGCGGGUGUCCAUGCGCACUACGUUUCCGCCUUUGAACAGGACCCUAACCCAGCUGUCCGCAUCAUACAGCCACUGGCUUGGCAGCAGGUCGGCCUCACUUGGUCACUGCUGUCCGCCAUGGUCGUGGCUUUGAGACCGUUCCUCAGGGACUUCCACACUGGCUUCGGUAUGGACCUGGCCACAAGAAACGAUAGCACCUAUGGACAUGGGAGUAACAAGUUCUCGCCCAAGGGAUAUCGGCUCAAGGAGCUGUCUGGAGGUCGCCAUACACAAUCAAGAUCUGGCCACAGAGAUGUCAGCAAUGAACCUCCGCCAAAGGGUGAACAGUUCCGGGCAGACGACAUACAAUAUUCAGCAGCAAUUUACCACGGCGCACGGAAACCCAGCGAAGGAAGCACGCAGUCUCACGAGCCCAUCAUCAGACGCGAAGUCGAAUAUACUGUUACAUACGAAACAUCAUGA